AUGGAGCGCCGAGACUUUGUUGUCUUGGUCGACUUUUGCGUGCGCUUGGUGCACGACUUUGAUCUGCCAAGUGCCUCUGCAACACGAUUGCAGCGACUUUGGGGACACUGUCGGCUGUAUCCCCUGAGCCAAGAGACUUUGUCUUGGCGUCUUCAGGACGAGCUGGAGACUUUGUCUUUUAUCAAGCGACUUUUGUCUGAUAUUACUUUGGCUAAGGCCAGUGACUUUGUGGAUUACAGGUCCCUGCCGAUCCUGACUUUGGCGGAGACUUUGGUUCUCCUUGAUCUACAAAGGCAGCUGGAACAACUUUGGCACACAGGUACACCUUACCCUGGUGGACCGAAUGCCGAGAUGGUUCUGCAGACUUUGUACCCUGGGCGACAGCAUCCUGGACUUUACACGCCGCCAGAGCAGGUGCUCCUUGCAGCCACGACUUUUCAGUGGGUGUUUCAGACCAUGUUGAUGGGUGUCCCGGCCACACUUUCACCACAGGUCUUUUGCAACUUUAUGCUAUGGACAACUUUUCCGGUGGCUAUGAUGAAUAUGAAAAUGCAGACCCUACUUUCGGGCGGAUCCUUACACUUUUCUGGUGCCGACAGCUUUUGGUCGGAGGGCCAUUGGAACUGGUCCUGGAGCCCCAGGAGUGCACUUUUACUUUUCAGUUUCGGCCUCAGCAUACAGCUUCGAUCUGGUAUUCGACAUCCCAAUGUCGGUGCACUUUGCACCGUUGGCUUCCGGCCAACUUUGAGGUAUUUCCAAUACCUGACGAAUGCUUUUCAAGUAUGGAACCGCCGUUAUCUGGACUACUUUCUAGCAGUUCCAAGAGAUUCGCAACUUUUGCUCAACUUUGCAAAUGAUGAUCAGCGCUGCAUGCUGCAGUCAACGGUGAUACUUUGUCACCCGGGUAGAGAUGGUUACUUUCUGUGUGACCAGCUGAACAAUAUGUUCAACAGAGAGGAUUCUCCUUGGUGGAGACUUUACCAUCUACCUAUCCAACGCCGACUUUGGAAUGCAGCUACCCAAAGCCAGACUUGGGACCAGGUCCCACGGGAGAUGUGGCAAGUGGCUGCCCGUCCUCGACUUUGA